AGGGUUUUGACAGAUGAGAGGGAGUCUUUUGACCUCCUCGAUGAGUCACGUGGGCUGAUGGGGGCGGGGGCGGAAAGACUGGAUAAGUUCCUUCCGGGUCAGUGACAGAAGCGUGGUCUCCGUGGGGCAGUUCCUGGCGUCUUCGUCUUCCCCGCGUCCUCCCUGUACCGGCGCGAGGUGAUUGUGGUUUCCACGAUGAGCUCCCAGAAAGGGAACGUGGCUCGUUCCAGGCCUCAGAGGCACCAGAAUACCUUUAGCUUCAAAAAUGACAAGUUUGAUAAGAGUGUUCAGACCAAGAAAAUUAAUGCAAAGCUUCAUGAUGGAGUUUGUCAGCGCUGUAAAGAAGUACUUGAAUGGCGUGUAAAAUACAGCAAAUAUAAACCCUUGUCGAAGCCUAAAAAAUGUGUUAAAUGUUUACAAAAGUCAGUGAAGGAUUCUUACCACAUAAUGUGUAGACCAUGUGCCUGUGAACUUGAAGUUUGUGCAAAGUGUGGAAAGAAAGAAGACAUUGUUAUUCCGUUUAAUAAAGAACCAGAAAAGGCAGAAAAUCCUGAAAGUAAUCUACGUUCCAACCAUAGAAGUUGCAGAAGAAAUCAAGAAGAAAGCGAUGAUGACUUAGAUUUUGAUAUUGAUUUAGAUGACACAAAAGAUAAUCAAGUGGGUUAAUAUAUUAAAAACCAGUUUAAAAACAUGAAAUUCUGAGUGACUUUUGACUUUGGGAGUUUUACACAAAAAUACUGUGAAAUCCUAAUGAGAAAAAUAGCAAAAACCUAUAGAAAACAGGCACAAUUCAUAAAUGGACGAUAUAAAUUAUGCAUGAUACCUGGAUAAUUAUAAAACUUUGAUCCAGAGCUUUUUUUUUUUUAAUUUAAUU